AUGUCUACAAAGUGGAGUGGCGUGUCACUACCCCCAGAGAGUAGUAUGGAUGGGCGAGAAGGAGAAUACGGCACCACACAAAUCAUCAAAUACUCCUUCCAGUACAAUCUCAAAGCUAUCUCCAGAGUCAACAGUUCCCAGUCAAAUGCCAUCCCCAUCAACCUCUACGGCUUCAUCGAAAUGCUCUCCCACUACUACGAGGAGAUCAAAUCGAGCAACUUUGACCUUCCAGAUGAAGCAAUUCAACUCAUUGCCCGCACAAUCAACUUCGCGCGCUCUCGCCUCGAAGGAAACGACGAGAAACAGUCCAUCCAGUCUCACCUCGUGGCCCUCUCAAACCUCAGUAAAGUGAUCGACUCCGGCCACCCUAUCGCUCUUUUCGGCAUUGCAACCUUUGCCAUUUUCGAAGUCUGCUGUGGCUCCUUCGGCAAAUGGACCCGCCAUCUGCAAGGCGCACGGUCACUUCUCGAUCUUCACUGUCGGAAUAAAUCCGAGCUCGAUAAUCUCACUCAGCGCAUACCUGGUCUUGGCGAUGUUUUGGCUUAUCUGGUAUGGUUUGAUGUCACUGGAGCUCUUGUGAGAGAUAGCGGCUUGAUGUUUGACGAUUGGCAUCGUGAGAUUCUUACUCCGGUAUUCUUUGAAUCGGUUGGAUGUCCGCAUGAUACCUUCGGGCUGUUUGUGAGGCUAGCCAAAGGGGAAGCCGGUACUAGUCUCGAUCUGUGCUCCCUGGCUAUGGACCAGAUACUGGCUCUUGACUCGGACUCCAGUGAUCGCGGUCUAGCUGUGACUGUCUUCCGUGGUGCGGGGUCCAUAUUUGCCUUUAGCCAGGCGGGCGAAGAACAUCAUAACGGGUCGAGGAUACAUGCUAACACAAUCUCGUCCAUGGUCGAUCGGGUCUGUGAUGCCAUUACACGUUUGCCCACUACAUCGAGGUACUACGUCCAUAUAGCGACGCCCGCAUUCCUGACGGGAAUCAACGCUUGCACUCCAGCGCAGCGCGAUAUUAUACGAAAUUACUGGCGGAAUUGUCAGUCCUACCUUGCAGCGAAGAAGCGCGCCGAACAGCUCGCUCUCAUCCCUCCGGAAUGGCGCUUUGCCGAAAUACCAUCCGUUGAAUCUGCACCAGAAGCACUUCCGUAUAUUCGCAAAUGCCUGACUUCCGCAGAGCUAGCACUGACAGAAGAAACCGACAUCACCAUCCUUCUUCGAAAACUAUCAUCCGGCGAAUUAUCUUCUUUAGAAUUGACUCGCGCCUUCGCAAAGCGCGCCUCUCUAGCCCACCAACUAACAACAUGUUGCACGGAGAUUCUCUUCGAAGAGGCCUUCGCGACAGCCGCAAAGAUGGAUGAACAUUUCAACGAAACAGGCAAAACCCUCGGUCCACUCCACGGCCUCCCGGUCUCCGUCAAAGACCUAUUCUCCGUCAAAGGCGUCGACACUUCAAUCGGAUGGGUUGGUCUAACCAAUAACCCCGCCGCAGCCGAUAAAUCAGUCGCUCGAACCCUCCGCCGCCUCGGCGCUGUUUUAUACGUUAAGACCAACAUCCCUCAAUCAAUGAUGAUGUCCGACUCCUACAAUCAUGUCUUCGGCCAAUGCGUCAACCCAUUCAAUCGCAAUUUGAUCUCUGGCGGGAGUUCCGGCGGCGAAGGGUCGCUCGUCGCGGCACGGGGUAGUGCGCUAGGCAUCGGGACCGAUCUGGGUGGCUCGAUUCGCAUUCCUGCCAGUUUGUGUGGACUUUAUGGACUGUCGCCUAGUCCUGGGAGACAUCCUUAUGAGCGGGGACAUCCCGGUCAGGAUAUCGUAAGAUCCGUCGCUGGACCAAUGAGUUGUAGUCUCGCGACUAUUGAGCGGUAUAUGGAGGCUUUGCCUUGCGCGGCGCCUUGGGAGUUGGAUCAACAUACAGCGCCGGUGCCCUGGCGAAGAAGUUUGACAUCUCUCAGGCCAAAGAGGUUGAAGAUCGCCUAUUUGGUGGACGAUGGGGUGGUCAAGGUUCAGCCCCCUAUUGAAAGAGCGGUUCAAGAAGUUGUGGAUGCGUUGAGAGCCAUUGGACAUGAAGUAUUCGAAUGGGAUGCUUCUUCUCACGAGUAUGCGUAUGAACUUUGGGAAAAGGCUAUCUUGUCCGACGGGGGUGAGGGGGCUAGAAAGAAGAUUGAGAUGACGGGUGAGCCGUUAAUUGAGGGCAUGCUGGUUGGGACGGAGAAGGAUGUUUUGACUACUUCGGAGACUCAUCAGCUCAACGCCGACAAGUACCUGUAUGAAACAGAGUACCUGGAGCGCUGGGCGUCUUCUGGUGUCGACGCCAUUAUCAUGCCGAUUACGCCCUGGGUUGGAUACAAGCCCUGGACUUGGGUCAAGUCGAAUGCAUAUGUCGGGUAUACCAGUGUCUGGAACUUACUUGGCUAUGCCGCCCUGACUGUACCCACUACGUCUGUUUCUAGAGAGAAAGACAUGCCAAGCCAAGAGUGGCUGGAUUAUAUACCGCGCAACGCUGGCGAUAAGUUCAACAAAGAGCAGUAUGAUGUUGAGCUGGUACAUGGGAUGCCGGUUGGCGUACAAGUUGUCGGUGGGAGAUUUGGUGAGGAGAAAUGCGUUGCUGUCGCGAAGGCUAUCGAACAGGCUAUGAGGUGGAAGAAUGCGGCCAUCUCCAACCUUUGA